CUUCUCCAUCACUAUCUAUCUCCCUCUUUGUUUACCUACUAGAAAUCCUAUCUUUGUUUGUUUUGCUUUGUUUGAAAGAAGAAGAAGAAGAAGAAGAAAGAUGCUUGCUAUAUUCAACAAGGAAGUGGUGCAGCCACCACAGGAGCUCAACAGCCCCGCCACGCCGUCGGCCAAGAAGCCGAAGCAUCCUCAGGAGAUUGUGAAGGAUUUCAUGUCAUGCCAUGAUGCCAAUAAUGCUUUCUCUGUUUGCUUUGGAAACAAGUCGUUGCUCGCUUAUGUUCGGCCACAAAAUUCCUUCUCCAUGAAUCAGAGGUUGUUCUGUUCUUUGGAUAACAUAUACUGCGUUUUCUUGGGGAGCCUGAACAACCUCAGCAGCCUGAUCAAGCAAUAUGGGCUUUCAAAGGGCACCAAUGAGGCCAUGUUUGUAGUGCAGGCUUAUCGGACCCUCCGUGACCGGGGUCCAUACCCAGCCGAUCAGGUCCUCAAAGAUCUGGACGGCAACUUCGGAUUUGUGAUCUAUGACACCAAGGCUGGAACUGUUUUUGCUUCCUUGGAUGCUAAUGAAGGAGUUAGCCUAUAUUGGGGGAUUGCAGCAGAUGGCUCCGUCGUGAUUUCCGACAACUUGGGGGUCAUAAAGGAAAGCUGUUCCAAGUCCUUUGCUCCAUUCCCAACUGGGUGCAUGUUCCACAGUGAGCAGGGACUGAUGAGCUUUGAGCACCCAACAAGGAAGAUGAAGGCAAUGCCUAGGAUUGAUAGUGAGGGCGUCAUGUGUGGAGCCAACUUCAAGGCUGAUGCCCAAUCAAAGAUUCACAAUAUGCCACGUGUUGGAAGUGAAGCCAACUGGGCUGCUUGGGGGCAACAAGCCUAGAGUUUCCGAGACCCAGGAAUUUGAUGACAAAUCCUAAUUUUCCAAAUGAAAUGACUCAUGUUUACCUUAAUUAUUACUGGCUUAAGUUUGAGUAUUCAAGUAUAUAUUCCUUCCUUUUUUCACCUUUAGAUGAGUAUCUAUGUACAUUACAUGAAUGAAAUAAAUUUUCUGGAUCAAUAGCA